AUGUAUAGUUCAGAAUCUUCAAGCCAGUCUCCUCAAUUAAAGGAUGAGACGAAAGUCACUUUAGAGUAUCAAUUAGAUGAAUAUGACGAAUAUUCAAAUAAUCUCCAUCAAAGAGAUAUUAAAAAAAUAAAUUCAAUGAAUAAAAAUUCCAUUGAUAUAGAAUCUGCCACCAAUGAUGAUAUAGAAUCUUAUUUAUCCAAACAAAGUGGUGAAGCUGCAGUAUUUGAAGAUACAAAGAUAAAUUGGUUUACCAAGUUUGCUGCAUCUUUAGAUGCUGAAGGAAACGGUAUUGAACCAAUCCCAGAUGAACAAAAGACUGAUUCCUCUUUAAUUAAUGCUGCUUCUAUGUGGUUUUCUGCCAAUAUGGUUUUACCAUCUUAUUCCUUGGGUAUCUUGGGUACAGCAGUUUAUGGUUUAAAUUUCGGUCAAGCUGCCAUGGUCAUUAUUUUCUUCAAUAUAAUGGGUCUUUUAUCAGUUGCAUACUUCUCUAUCUUUGGUGCUCAAUUAUCAAUGAGACAAAUGAUUUUAUCUAGAUUUUUAAUUGGUAAUGUCACUGCAAGAAUAUAUUCCAUCAUUAAUACUAUUGCAUGUGGUGGUUGGGGUAUUGUUAACACUGUUGCAGCUGCUCAAUUGUUAAAUAUGGUUAAUAUCGGUUCUGGCCAUAAUGCUCCAUUAUGGGCUGGUUGUUUGAUCAUUGUAGGUGCUACUGUCAUGGUUUCAUUUUUCGGUUAUAGAGUUAUUCAUGUUUAUGAAAAAUAUUCUUGGAUUCCAAAUUUUGCUGUGUUCUUGGUAAUCAUUGCAAGAUUGAAAAAAUCUGGUCAAUAUGAAGAAGGCCCAUGGACUGGAGGAAGAACUACUGCAGGUAACGUUUUAACCUUUGGUUGUACAGUAUAUGGGUUUGCUGCUGGUUGGACCACUUAUGCAGCUGAUUACACUGUUUACAUGCCAAAAUCUACCAACAAAUAUAAGAUUUUCUUUUCUUUAGUCGCAGGGCUAGCAUUCCCAUUGUUUUUCACUCAAUUGAUUGGUGCUGCCUCAGGUACUGGUGUUAUUAAGAAUACUGAUUGGGCUGAUUUAUAUAAUAAAAAUGGUACUGGUGGUUUAACAUAUGCUAUCUUGGUUAAAGAUUCCUUACAUGGGUUUGGCCAAUUUUGUUGUGUGUUAUUAGCAAUGUCUACUGUUUCCAACAACAUUCCAAACAUGUAUACUAUUUCCAUGUCGGUUCCUGCAAUUUGGUCAAAAUUAAAUAAAAUUCCAAGAGUUAUUUGGACAUUGGCUGCUAAUGCUGUUGUUUUGGGUAUUUCUAUUCCUGCAUGCUAUUACUUCACUGAGUUUAUGCAAUAUUUCAUGGAUUCCAUUGGUUAUUAUCUUUCUAUCUAUGUUGCCAUGUCAUUAUCUGAACAUUUCAUUUAUAGAAAGGGCAGAUUUGAAAGUUAUGUUGUUGAAGAUUGGAAUAAUCCAAAAAAAUUACCAAUCGGUUAUGCUGGUACUGCAGGUUUAAUUGUAGGUGCAUUUGGUGUUGCGUUAGGUAUGGUUCAAGGUUAUUGGAAGGGUGAAAUCGGUAGAUUAAUUGGUGAAAAUGGGGGUGAUAUUGGUUUCGAAUUAGGUUUGUCUUGGUCAUUUAUAAUUUACAAUAUUAUUAGACCUUUCGAACUUAAAUAUUGUGGACGUUGA